AUUUAAAGUGUGAGUAAAUUUAAAUUAAACAAAUCAAUAAUAGGAAGGAAAGAAGUCAAAUAAAAAUUAAUGUUAUUAAACGAGAAUAGUUGAAGUAAGAAAAGAAUGAGUUUAAUUUGGCUAUAAAAGAAUAAAAUUGUAUGAGAUAAGAUCAAAUAUAUUUUUUGGUGUACAGAUAAGAUCAAAUAUUAAUAGUACACAAAUCAAUACAAGAAAGAAAAGAAAAUCAAAUCAAAUGAAAAAGUAGAAUAAAAAUUAAUGUUAUUAAAUGAGAAAAGUUGAAGUUUCACAGAAGGCUACCUUCGUCUUUUUGCUUCACAUUAUGCUUGUUCGGGGUGAGAUAGAAAUAGGCUAUUUAAAGAUGGGCUUGGGCUUCUGUUUUUUCGUUUUCCAACAUUAGUGAGAUAGAAAUAGGCGAUUACAUUGCAUGGUUGGCUUGGGAACUUCUAUAUUUUGGUGGGAACUUUUACAUCUGCCGUAUUUGAUUAAAGAGUAAUAGGCUCAUAGAAAAUCAUGAUAUUCACACCUAAAAGAAGAAGAAGAAACUAGGAUUAACAUAGUAAAUAUGAAAAUUCCAAUUUGUGAAAUUAAAUAGCUUUUUUAACAAUUAAAUAGGCAAAGUUUUCAUGUAGGUUCAGGUAUAUAUAAAAGCUAUUAUAAGUAGACCUUUUUUAUCUUUUAUUAUAAAAAAAAUAAAUAAACAAAAUAAAAAUUCCUUCCCGCCCAUCAACUCCUGCCCAUGUUGCUUCAUCGGAGACAAAGGAUCUCAAUCGGCGGAGGUGAUCGUCUGCGCCAUCGUCACCUCUUGCAUCUCAUGGGAGCUUGCGCGAAUCAAUGGCGAAGGGGAAGAGCUGGGGUUUUGGCCUCGCUAGAGCUUCGAUUCCAGUGUGAAACAAGGCGAGCCAUCUAGCUGCACCAGCCUGGAUAAUGUCAAUUAUACCCUAUUUCGGCAAAGCUCAAAAAUCAAGAUUUCUGGAUCCGAAAUGAAGCUUCAGUACACCAACGUGCUUGCUGCCUAGCUCCGCGUAACAGGAGUUCAAUCCCUAAAAACUUCAAUUCCAACGGUCGUCCCCAAUUCUUGAAGAAGAAGAAGGAGAAUCUGACAUUGUUUUGGCUCACUCGUUUUCUUUUCCAACGACGCUGUCAUUUCACUCUGUAUUGUUUUUCCACUUUCUUUUUCCUCAAGACAGAGCUUGUUUCCGUUCCAAACUAAGGGACAAACCAUGUAAAAGCUUUGUUGUUUGCUUGUGUUUGAGCUGCCUAUAUAAGGCAUGAGAUGAAUGAGAAUGAACCAAGUUUAGGGUUUCAAUCUAUUCUAAUCCUUUGUUAUGGUAUCAGAGCCUAAACCCUAGUCGCCGUCACUACAAUGGCUACCAAUCCAGCCACCCCAAACCCUGCUGCUUCAACACAAAACACAACAGAUCCUACUAUACAAAAUGUUUAUCCCAUGGAAGAUCUUUACUUCCUUCAUGGCUCUGAGCAGCCAGGGUCUCUUCUUGUCUGUGAGAAGCUCACCAUCACCAACUACAACUACUGGAGCAGGGCAAUGUUGAAUGCCUUGGCUGCCAAAAAAAAUUUGGGCUUCAUCAAUGGUGUUGUUCCUGGACCAGCAUAGACAGAUCCACGUCAUGGAUCCUGGGUUCGCAACAAUGUGAUGAUUUUGAGCUGGAUUCAGCAAGUUGUUGAGUCAGAAAUCAGGAAAACAAUAUUGUCUAGUAAAUCUGUUGCAGAAGCUUGGAAAAGUCUUCAGACCAGAUAUGGAUCUGGUGAUAUUGUGCGUGUAGCUAAGCUUGAGGAGGCUCUCUCAAAUUUGAAACAAGGUGAACAAUUUAUCACAGAGUACUAUGGGCAGGUAAUCACUCUUCGUGAUGAACUUGAGAACUAUCAGCCUCUUCUUCCUUGUGAUUGCACACCUACUAGUCACAGUACCUGCAGAGCUAUGGAAAGAGUUUUAGAAUAUCAAGAAACUAGUUAUGUGAUUAAGUUCCUUCGUGAUUUGAAUGAUAAAUUCUCAGCUGUCCCUUCUCAAGUUCUUUUGGUGAUGAACUCCCUAACAUCAAUAGGGUUUUUCAGCGUAUGUUACAGCAUGAGCGCCAGUUGUAUGGCACUCAUAAGGGUAAGUUGAUCGCUCUUGCAUUAGCUGAUGCCACUGCUCUGCAGUUCAGGGCAUCGAUAGACCUCCAAACACUACUGGUAAAAGACCCUUUUUCAUUUUCUGCAAACGAGAUGGCCAUACUGAAGAAACAUGCUACCAAAAGCAUGGCUACCCGCCUGGCAUUACUACCAGAGCACCUCCAAAUAUUCCUGGAAAAAUCAUUGAAUGCUCCUUCUGCAAGAAACAGGGCCAUACAGAAGAGAAAUGUUUUCAUAAACAUAGCUUCCCUCCUAAUUACAUCUCCAGGAACAUCCCUUCAGCAUCUGGUAGAUCCCGAGGUUAUGCCAAUGCAUCUAGCUCAACCACUGAUGAUGAGUUUAAACUCACAAAGUCUGACUAUGAAAAAUUAAUGGCUCUCAUGGCUUCUCACAAACAGCAACCUUCCUAUUAUGUUGCUGCUUAUGUUUCUACCAAAGGCAAUCCAGGUACAUGCCUUCUCACUAUCCCUCCUGGUCAUCUCACUCCCACGGACAUGACUACUUGGAUUUUAGACACUAGAGUUUCAGACAACAUUGUCUGCUCCCUAGAUCUCUUGGUGAAUUGCCAAAAAUUAUCCAAUGUCUACAUUCAACUUCCAACAGGAGAACAAAUACAAGCUACUCACUCUGGCACAGCCUUGUGCCACACUGAUUUGAUCCUUCAAGAUGUUUUGUUUGUCCCAACCUUCACUUUCAACCUAGUUUCUGUUAGCAAACUAACCACCACCAACUCACUUCUUUUGACCUUUCAUUCCAACCUUUGUGUCAUACAAGACCUGGAGCAUAAGAGGGUAAAUGGCUCUGCUAGGUUGCACAAUGGACUUUACUACCUGGACGUUUUUCCUUUUACUAAAUACAUCACAGCGUGACCUCAGCCAACUUUGAUCUGUGGCAUUUUAGAUUAGGACACCUGUCUCAUUCUAAAGUUCCCUAUUUUAGCUCAUUUUGUCCCUCCAUUGAAACUCAGAAAGGUUCUCCUUGUGAUGUUUGCCACUUUGCUAAGCAAAGGAGGCUUCCUUUUCCUUCUAGUCAACAUGUAACUCAACAUUCUCUUGAACUUCUGCAUGUUGAUAUUUGGAGUCCUAAUUCUACUCCCAACUACGAUGGUUUUAAGUAUUUUCUUACCAUUGUAGACGAUUAUUCAUGCAUGACUUGAGUUAUUUUGCUUCAACUAAAAUCAGAAGUUCGACCUAUGAUGAUUGCUUUCUGCACUCAAAUGCAAAAGCAGUUCAACCUUUCAAUCAAACGCAUUCGUAGUGACCAAGGAAAAGAAUUUCUCAUGACUGAUUUCUUUGAUUCCAAUGUCAUCAUUCACGAGAUGUCAUGUGUUGAGAAACCUCAACAAAAUAGCAAGGUCGAAAGAAAGCAUCAGCAUAUUCUUGCUGUUGCUCUAGCACUUCAGUUUCAAGCCUAUUUCCCUCCUGAUUUCUGGGCAGAUUGCAUUAAACAUGCAGUCCACCU